UGCUUGUCUUAAUUUUUUACUCUAUGAACUUUUUAAACACUAGUCAAGUAAUAUUUUUUGUUUUUGUUUUUAAAGUAUUUCGGUAUAUUUUAUUUUAAUGUUUUUGAUAAAACUAGUGAUCGAAUAAGCUUAUUUCUCAUCCUUUCAAAACGUCGUUUGAACUUUGAACCCACAGAAAACAGAUCAGUUAAGCUCGUCGUUGGGUCAGUUGUGAUAGGAUAGUGAACCGAACCCACAACCAAGGAGUAUAGAAGUAGAGCCCACAACAGUACACACGGCUUGUUUACUGUAGGAUACAUUUGUGUAGUUGCUUUUAUAGCUUGUAGUCAUGAUUAACACUGGGAAACUCAAAGGCUGCACGCUGUUCAUCUCGGGCGCCAGCCGAGGGAUCGGCAAGGCGAUAGCCCUGAAGGCUGCCAGAGACGGUGCCAAUAUCGUGAUAGCGGCCAAAACGGCAGAGCCACACCCCAAACUCCCGGGAACGAUAUACACAGCUGCUCAGGAAGUGGAGGCAGCUGGGGGCCAGUGCCUUCCGUGCGUGGUGGACGUUCGCAACGAGGAGGAGGUAGUGGCAGCAGUGGAGAGUGCCGUGAAGAAGUUUGGCGGCAUCGACAUAUUGGUGAACAACGCGAGUGCCAUCUCGCUGACCGGCACCCUGAGUACGGACAUGAAGCGGUAUGACCUCAUGAACAACAUCAAUGCCCGCGGGACAUUCCUUGUGUCGAAGGUGUGCUUGCCAUACCUGAAGAAGUCCAACGCGGCCCACAUCCUGAACAUAAGCCCUCCUCUCAACAUGAACCCGGUGUGGUUCAAGAACCACGUGGCCUACACCAUGGCCAAGUACGGGAUGUCCAUGUGCGUGCUGGGGAUGGCGGAGGAGUUCCGCGAGGACAGGAUCGCGGUGAACGCUCUGUGGCCUCGCACAGCCAUCCACACGGCAGCCAUCGAGAUGCUGUCGGGCUCCGAGGCGGCCAACGUGUCCCGCAAGCCUGACAUCAUGGCGGACGCAGCCUACGCCAUCCUGACGAGGGACCCGGGCAGCUACACGGGCCGCUUCGCCAUCGACGAGGAGGUGCUGCGGGAGGAGGGGGUCACCGACCUGGCGCAGUACGCCGUCAACCCCGCCAACAAGGACAACCUGAUGGUCGACUUCUUCCUGGACGAGGCGCUCGCGACAGCUCGGUCGCCGGCCGCCGGCGGGGGCUCUCGACCGGACGACCACAUCGCCAAGAUGUUCGACGUCAUCAAGGACAACCUGAGCAAAGAGCUGGUGUCCAGCACCAACGCAGUCUAUCUAUUCGUUGUCAAAGGUGAGAGCGAUGCGUCGUGGUUCAUCGACCUGAAGUCUGGGGCGGGAGGCGCCGGCAGGGGCAAGCCGCCGUCCACCCCCGACGCCACCCUCACCAUGAACGCCAAGGACUUGUACGAGCUGCUCUCCGGCAAGCUGAAGCCGGCGGCUGCCUUCAUGACCGGCAAGUUGAAGAUCAGCGGCGACAUGCAGAAGGCCAUGAAGCUGGACCGGCUCAUGGGCAUGCUCAAGUCCAAGUUGUGACCUUCCCGUUGCUUCGCAGCGACGAGCGCUGAGGGAACCACAAGACCGGUACCGAUGCUGUAGGUGUGUGUGUCUGAAGACCCGAGUCCACGGCCAGAUUGAGCAAAUAGGAAGCAUCACUGGAAUAUCGUAAAUGCGAUCCAACACACACACGUACGUCUCUAAAUUACUAAAAUCACUCAAAGCAGAGCCUAAAUUUCUCUUCUUGUUAUAAUUUGCGUGUUGGCAGCCUAUGCUUUUUAACACAUUUUCAACAUUAAUUUUUUUUUUAUUGAAGUCAUUAGGUCUGGCUGUGGACUCAAAAUCGGCUACCUCUCUACAGUUUUGAGAAAUGCAAAUUUAUAAUUCAAGACACCAGUGUAAUGACACCAAUUCUUAAUUGCAGACAGGUUUCAGGUCUUAAAUAUUUCUCUACCAUUAGGAGUUCGCAUGUGCAUUUCAAAGGCAAUUUGACAUGCAGUUUGGAUAUUGUUCAUAAUUUUUUUUUUUAUGUACCAAAUGCAGAAUAACAGUAGUAAGCUCUUGUAGGUAAGGUGAAUUUAUCUUUAUAUUAUCUAUGAACAGUACAUACAUUGACAUUCAUCCACUAGUCACACCUCAUACACAUUGACUACUGACUCAAUGAGUUGAUGCCUAAUGCCUUAUGUAGGUGGGUGACAGGUGGUAGGUCAGGCAUCAGCUACCGAAUUGAGGUUGUUUUGCAAUGUAGUCCACAGUAUGCAGUCUCUCUCUCUGGUUGUCUGUCGCCACGCAGCAAGUGAGGCAGUAGGUGUUGUCGCAGGCAUAGGACCCCAGAGUGUGAGCCUCCCUCCCAAGAUGCUAUGAAGUUAAAAGCUGGAACACUGGUGUGAGUUCAUGUAGCACCGAGAUGAGCAACUAAAAUAUUUUUGAUACUUUUUUAAAUUUACAAAAAAAUUAUUUUUCAGUAUAUGAAUUGUUUCUGAAUAUUGAUUAUUUUACUUGGAUAAAAUAUUAGGAAAAAAAAAAUUAAUUUUUCAUUGUUUGGUUUGGCAUCUCUUAUUGAAUUAUUUUUCAGCACUGACUUUACAAGCGCUUUGUCAAAUUAUUUAAAUUUUUCUUUUUGAGUAUUUAUGUCUAUAAUGGUCAUUAAAAAUUAUUUAUUAUAAAAUUUUAUUAUUUACCUUGGUCAAAUAUGUUAAUUACACUAUUUUGGUGAAAUAAGUGUUAACAACAAAUAGCGGUUGGUAUGAUGUAAAAUGAUAAAUUAAAUGUAAUCGAUUCUUACUCUGGUCAUAUUUACAGAUGCUCAAUUGUCAGUAUGGCUUCCAGUGCACAAAUAUGUGAAGUAAGUUUUACAUUACUCGGUUGACUGUAUGUUUUAAGCGUAACUUAUUGUUUGUAUGAAGUGGUUUCAUAAUGUGUUAUAUAUCAAUAUGCUUUACCACACAUUUCAUAUGGUUAUACAAUAUGUACUCUUGUUUUUAUAGGAAUGUUACAGAAUUGUAAAAGUUUAGGUACUGCAGGUUUUUUAUAAUAUAUUUUUGUAUUGAA